AUGAAAACCCUAAUUGGUGUAGAAAAAAGAAGAAGCAUAAAGUUGUCAUUGUCGAGCCUUCCGGAAGAGAUUCAGGUACUUAUUCUUUUGAGGUUACCAGUGGCAUCCAUCUUAACUUGUAAGUGCGUAUGCAAGGUAUGGUUUUCUCUAAUCACUAGCCCUGUAUUCGUUAAGGAUCACUUAAAUCUAAGCAUUCAAUCUAAAAACCCUCGUCUUAUGUUUAUUGAUCAUGUGUUUCUUCAUCAUCAGUACGAGAGCGUGUUUAAAGGGAAUCUUCCGAUGUACUCUGUCGAUUAUAAUUCAGUAGCAUCUUCAUCAGGUGACCCUAUAUGUAAUAUUGGAGCAGCUACGCGAAUGGAUUACCCAUGGCCAUUGGAAUGUAAGGGACAACACAGACAUGUUUUCUUUUGUGGCUCUUGUAAUGGCUUGGUUUGCUUAGGUAUCACUUAUGAUAUUGAAACUAAGGAUGAUAACAUGUUUAUAAUUUGGAAUCCAACAACGAGGGAAUAUAAGCAAGUAACACCUCAACAUGAUCAUAUGUUGGCCUACGGUGAGUAUGGGUUUGGCUAUGAUUGUAGAAUUGAUGACUACAAGCUGGUAAGAAUUGAUAAGAAAUCUGGCUGCACUGAGAUUCUUGUCUAUACAUUAGGACCAGAUUCAUGGAAAACUAUUGGAAUUGAUCUUUAUUACAAGUGUAAUCCUGGACAGGGCGGAGUGCUUUUGAAUGGGGUUCUUCAUCGGUUUGGCACUACGAGUACCGUCACCCGAAAUACUUCUUCUGAUGUUAUAAUAGCUUUCAGUAUUAGCAAUGAGGAACUUAUUCAUGUGCCACUUCCUGAAGGAAUUACUCCAUUAGCUCCCGAAGCAACUAAAUCAAUGGGACUCUGGGAAGACUGCCUUUGCUUAGUUGAUAAUAACGUUGAUAUCCGUACUGAUGUAUGGGUGAUGCAGAAUUAUGGCGUGAGAGAAUCUUGGACUAAGAAAAUCACUAUUUCCCAUACAGUAGUUACGAAAUAUUGUUAUCCAGAGCUGAUAUGGUCUCACAAAGACGGUGAGAUUCUGAUCCAAACUUCAUACCGUUUUGUUUUAUUUAACCCAACGAAUAAAAGAGUUAGAAUGGUGCGUCUGCAUGAUAUUAGCGAGUUUCUUAUUGUUGUACAGAAUUAUGUGGAGAGCCUAGUUUCACCGAAAGGAACUUUUCAAAGGAAGACGAAGUAA